AUGAAUCCACUUCCUUUUGGGGCUGUGUGUCGACUUUUCAGGUGCGACGUCAUAUUGAGGCUGAUAGGAACUACAAGAAGACGCCCGAUCCAGCUUGCAAGACAAUUGGGGCUGAACGAGAUCUCGAGAUCCCGACAGCACUUCUCUUCUUCUUGCCAACACCUCUCCCACAUGACCACUAUGAAAGCGAAACGAAAUCUACUGGAAGGAGCUAUCACAAAGAUGACACUAGAGGAGUACGAUGAGUACGUGAACGACAACCUAUGUACUCAGUGUUACCUCCAGGACUUUGGGCGGUUCGAUUUCGUCUUCAACGGAUUGCCAGAAACCAGCACGUGUCAACAGGAGGUGUUUCUCUAUUAUUAUGACCAAAAGUUGAAGCAGAGACACGCCAGCAACAAGGCCGUGUUUUGGGCUCCCUGGACAACCACUUUGGAUUCGGUUUCGGUGGCCAUUGACAUUAACCAGUUUCUUAUCUACAACAGAACCACUGGUUCAAAGAACCACCUCAUUUCCUACGAUGGGUGGGUAACGUUCAAAAGCAUCUCCCUGGACGCCAACAUCUGGAUAUUGCUAGCUUCCCAAAGCUCCAUAUUCGAUGUCCCAACUUGCACAAGUGUCCAGAGGAAAGGCUUGGCUUGUUUGAGACAGUCUGGCAACGGCGAUUUCUGCAUCAAAAGUGAGGACGGACAUACCAUCAACGUCCUGAAAGCCGUGAUGGAAGCCAAUUGGCCCUUCUUCAAGGCGAUGGUGGAAUCCGGCAUGAGAGAGAUCAAAAAAAACCAACUAGAGCUGCCUCUACCUCAUAGUACAGUGGAGAUGAUGGUGAGGUACCUUUACGGUCAGGAGUUAGAGCUACAGGUGAAAGAAGCAACUAGGCUCGUUGAAGCUGCUCAGAUGUACUUAUUGCCUGAGCUGCUGGAGAUAUCCCUCAAGUUCAUCGAAUCCGAAGACACGGACAUCGGUCAGACGAUUCAGGUUUGGAAAAUGGGUAAGAAGACUGGCAACUUGCGCAUGGUUUUCUGGGCUAUGGUAAGGAUUAAAGAGCUGAAGGUCGACACCGACGUUCUUUACGAUCUGGACAAAGAAGAUCUGAUUUCGUUAUUUCAAAUGAUGACCCUUGGCACCGAUCCUAAGAAAUGA